UUAGAGCCAUUUCCUCAGCUAAGCCAAGUCGUCUUCGGAACUUACUGGUGUGCUUACCGCCCCGUACUCUGAGCUUGAACGCAACGUUUGGUACUUUUGUACUGUACACCAUACACCAAACAACCGACUAACCCUUUACUACACAAUGACUAAGUUCAUCUGUAUCGCACUGGUGCUGGCUUGCAUGGCCGUCUCCGCACACGCGCAGUUCCAAACAAACGUACAGUGCACCUCGUUCAAUGACUGUGUCUGCAAGCUGCCCGCGAUCAUUGGCGCAGUUGCGGGACGUACCGCGACGGCUAACAUCCGCAACCCGGCCAACGGUGAGACGUACGUGCUGGAUCUCUCCAAACCAUCGCAAGCCGUUGCCAACUACUGCAACCAGCUGAAACAGGGACUUAAACCCGCCGUACCAUUCAAGGCGGUAAAUGGUGCUAAAAUUGCCCAGGUGCAAGCUCUUCUGGCCCAGCGGCUUGCUGGACUAAGGGGUUAA